UCAUGAGAAUAACCCCGCAAGUUUACACGGGACGAAGACAGCGGCACAAGUUUACCGAGCAGGACCGCAUCAUUUCAGUCUGUUCAAAUUGUUAUUGAUAAUUUUUCACUGCAGUUUUCACAGUAACAGAUAACAUGGCACGUAGGUAUGACACGAGAACGACGAUCUUCUCCCCAGAAGGUCGUCUGUACCAAGUGGAGUACGCCAUGGAGGCCAUAAGCCACGCAGGCACCUGCCUAGGUAUCCUAGCGAAUGAUGGCAUCCUCCUGGCAGCCGAGAGAAGAAAUACCAACAAACUCCUGGACGAAGUCUUUUUCUCCGAGAAAAUCUACAAACUGAAUGAGGACGUGGUCUGCUCAGUGGCUGGCAUCACCUCGGACGCCAAUGUCCUGACCAACGAGCUUCGUCUCAUCGGGCAGAGGUACCUCCUACAGUACGGCGAGACCAUUCCCUGCGAGCAACUCGUCUCGUGGCUGUGUGACGUGAAGCAGGCGUACACUCAGUUUGGUGGGAAGAGACCCUUCGGGGUUUCCAUCCUCUACAUGGGCUGGGACAGGCAUUAUGGGUAUCAGCUGUACCAGUCUGAUCCCAGUGGUAAUUAUGGAGGCUGGAAGGCCACUUGCAUUGGGAACAACUCGGCUGCUGCCAUUUCUUCGCUCAAACAGGAGUACAAGGAGGGAGAGACUACCCUCAAGGAUGCCCAGGCACUUGCCAUCAAGGUCCUUUCGAAGACACUUGAUAUGACUAAACUCACGGCCGAGAAAGUGGAAAUGGCAACAUUAACUCGGGAAAAUGGUAAGACAGUAACGAGAAUUCUGCCAGCAGCUGAGGUGACAGCACUAAUAAAAGAGCACGAUCGAUUGGAGGCACUUGCCGAGCAAGCCAAGAAGGACAAGCAGAAAAUCUAGAAUUAGUCGCAUUAAAUUUUCAUUGUCCUGGAAGACGAGGGGGUUUCAAACGGUAUAUUCAAUAAAUAUAUUUCAUUUUUUCCAACAA